AUGGGCAAUAGACGGACCUAUGGGCCAAACCGCGAGGAGCCUGUGAAGGGCUAUGCGGGAGACGCUAUGGAGUUUCCCAGACUGCUUGCCUUGCUCUUGGUGGUGUUGGAGUUGACCCGGCCAAGCCUACCGUCCCCACUGAAACCCAUCUGUGACCUGAGGGUCCUGAACCAUUUCAUUAAGGAGGCGCAGGACGCAGAAGUCGCUAUGAAGUCAUGUAGUGAAGGAUGCGGCCUGUCCUACUCUGUCACUGUUCCCCCAACCACAGUCAACCUAGAUGUCUGGGAGAAGAAAAAUGCACUGGAGCAAAACGAGGAGGUGCAGUCCGGCCUGCGGCUCCUACAACAGGCCCUCAGAUUGCUGAGAACCUCUGUCACCAACACGGCGCUACACAGCCACAUAGAUAACUCCAUAAGAAACCUGAACAGCAUCAACGCUGUGGUGAGCCGUCACAAAAUCCAGGAAUAUACCCCACCAACGAGGGCAGCUGGGCUUGAGGGAACAUGGAUCGUGUCCUCUGCAGCAGAUUUGCUUAAAGACUAUGUCAAUUUCUUGCGGGGCAAAGUGCAACUCCUCCUUUCGGGCGCACAGGCUUGUCAGACGGAUGUCAGCUGAUCAGCUGCUGUCCCUACUCCGGGCGAGACGAAUGUGUGUUUCCAAAGGCAAAGAGGAGGGACUUGACACUGUUGACCUGCACCCCUGGCUGGUUGAUGUGGCAUGGAAAAAGGAAAGAUCCGGCCGUCCUCACGUGAGCGGAAGAGAGGAAAGGACAGUUCGAUCCAGGCUGCGGAUGAACUGGGAGACGAUAGCACCUUGUUAUGUAGAUGUGACACAUGAACACGGUGAAGAAAAACCUGACCAAAAAAAAAACAGAGAGGCCUUUAGGAAGCACUGCUCCAAUAGCUGUUCUACUGGCACUCUCUUGCACUUUUAUGUGUGGAUGUACUUCUGUCUAAGUUAAGACUACAAGUUGAAAUCUGUUUGUUUCCAGUGAGAUUGACCCCCUCACACUCUUCUCAUCGGAGUGAAACACCCAGCAAAUAUUGAUUCCACCUGGAAAUUGUGUCUGAGAGGUCACGACAUCCGUUCCCAAUACCACUGCAAAAAGUAGAAAAAAAUUCACGUGGCCUCAGCCAUCAACCUUUUAACUUGGCCUCACAGAAACACUCGUCUUCUAAGUUUGUUUUUUGUCCACAGAAUAUUUUAAUAUAUUUUUUAAUGGUUGUGUAAUUACUAUUUAUACAGAUUUUCUACUUUUAAAGCUCAAGUCGUUGUAUUUUUGCUGUUGGAUCUUUAAUACUGUAGUUGGGCUCUCCUUGCCAUGUUCUCUUGUAACACUGAACACAUUUGCAAAGGUGUUUGACACCGUUUGCACUGGCACGCUGCUGUCUUCCUUUUUAUAGACUGGAUGUACCCCAUUUGCUGUUACGGUUUCUUCCUUCAAAAGUAGCAGCCAAAGACUGAGACUUCGACGCUGAGGCACGGAGGCAGUGAGCGUCAGUGAGCGUCAGUGAGGAGGAGGAGAUUUACAUGAGAGCUGUGAAGCCGUUUCCCAAUCAAAACUCAACUAGUCUCUACACGCUGAUGGCGAGACUGUCUGGGGGGAAAAAGUGUACGGCUCUUACAUUUAACAUCCUGUGAGGCUCUAAUUGCUAAUUGUUUCCCAGAACGUGACGCUAAUGCCUCCGUUGUUCGUCAUCAAACGGCAGACAGGCAAUCAGUUAGUCCUGGGAACUUGAGGUUUUCUAUUAAAUGGAAGCUCAACUAUUUCAGACUAGUUAAGUGGUCU